GGCAGGGCCGGCCAAUGAGAGCGCGGGAAUGGAUGCGCUCCCACCAAUAGCAGCAGAAGGGGCGGGACUUAGUGAACAAUGCUUGUUUCAUAGCAAAAGAAGCUUUUUUUAAACUUGGGAGCUAAUUUUUUUCUGUUUUUUAGAGAUCUGGAAGGAAAAAAAAAGGGGAAAAAGGGGGGAGUUUGUGUGUAAUGCAUUUCUAUCCCAACCCUUUGCUGUAUAUGGAAGCUUCUCUCCCCCAGCCAAGCUGCACUACCCAUUUGGAGUGGAUUUAAUCCGGAUUAAAAGAGUCCAAACGGGAAAAAAAGGAGGGAUCUUGCUUUCGAGGUGGAGAUCUUCUUGCUUUAGAUCCAGGAGGAAGGAAAGAGGAAGAACAGCCCUUUUGGAAAUGCAUUGCUUUGGAGGAACUUGAUUUUUGUUUUGGUUGCAAAUAUAUUAAAUAUAUAUUUAUAUAUAUUUUUGGGUGGGUGGCUUUGGAAAAUAGAAUUGCAGGAAAAAUGCCAAAGAAGAGGAUGGAAUAAGGGGGGAAAUAUACCCCCCUUUUUGCAAUACCAAGGAAAAAAACAACGAGGACCCCCUGAAGGUUGAGGAGUGGUCCCCCCUGAAGCUGCAGGAGGAUGGCGGAGCCCACGCCUGGGCUGGGGCACCCCGGGGUCCGAGGGCUUUGAGUCUGGGGGUGCCACGAGGAGGAGGAGGAGGAGGAGGAGGAAGGCACCGAGGAGCCCUUCGUGCGGAGGAUGGAUGGACGAGACCUGGGGCCCCCGCGUUCGGUCCACGUCCCCCCGCCACUCCUCUCUGGGCUGGCCAUGGAGGGCCACCAUCGCGUGGCCGCCACUCGCCUGGCCCCCUUGGCCACGGGGCUCCCCCCGCCCGCCCCGCUCCCUCCGGGGAAAUACCUCGCCUCCGGCAUCAACCUGCAUUCCCACCCAGGCUUCUCCCAUCUGCCGAAUGGGUUGUAUCCAUCGUACAUUCCCUUGAGCCACCUGGAACCCCAUAACAGUGGGAGCCCUUUGCUUGCUCAGCUGGGCCAGCACAGCCUCUUCGAGUCCCCAAAAGAUGGAUUUUACCUGGCUAGCCAUGCAGGGCAGUCUUCUUUGCACCCCCAAGGCCCUCCUUCAAGAGCGGCAGCCAACCACACUUCGAGCACCCUGCUCCGUGAAAAGGACCUCGGGCACUUACAUAGGAACCCAAAAGACCCGACAGCCAAGGAGCGGGCGUACCGGAGUGACCUCUCUUUGCCCGGGGCCAAAAAGGAGAGCAAGUUGCGCGAGGAGCCCCGUCCCCACAGCGUGGUCGACCUCACGCAGGACACUAAACCCGACAGCGACAGGAAAGUGGGCGGCCUCGAGAAGGCCGCCAAGCCCGGAGGGGAGCGCAUGUCCCCGUUCCUUGCCGAACACAUGCCAAACCGGGCGGCCCUUUGCGGAGAACCAAAGUCCAAGAACCCGCUGCAGACCUCUUCGCUCAGCAACUGCAACGGUGGAGGGGACCCCUUGGGGAAAGCGGCGGGCUCCGAGCAAGACCGCUGCACCAAGGAGCCCAACAGACACGACGAGAACAUGAGGCCUUCUGCUCACGCACACGCCGACCGGCUGAAACGGGGCGACUCGACGAUGGGCUCGGUCGCCGCUUUGCACGUCGCCUGCAGCUGCCCGGCCUCGGCCCAGCCGGGGAAGCUGCCCCCUUCCUCCACCUUCCCUCCCCACCCGGUCCAUUCCAACAUGUACACCAUCUUCCCCUUGAGCAAGGAUCCCGGAAGGGAACACAAAGUCAUCGCCCCCACCUUCGUGCCUUCCGUCGAGGCAUACGACGAGAGGAACGGCCCCAUCCAGAUCGCCUCCCAAGCCCGGGACAACUGCAAGGGGAAGGAGAAGGACGCCCCCCUCGCCGCCCGCGUGGGGGUCUUGCAAGCCGUGCCCGACAGGUGCCUGGCCGAUGCCUCCUGCAACCUUUCGCCCCAAGAUUUCCCCGUGCACAUAGAGGCCAAAAGGAUGGAGCUGAUGCGGGAAAAAGGCUCCGUGAUCCGGGCGAACGCUAUGGUGCUGAAGAAGCAGGGGGCUGCGGACAGUUUCCUCAACCGGCCGAGGCUCAGCUCCCCGGAAAGCAGGGAGUUCCUGGCCUCAAAAGACUUGCUCAAAUCGGGUUCGGAGACCGAGCACCGCUCCGGCGAGCGGGACCGGUUUCAACGAUCUGGCUGCAGAGAAGCGGCGAAGAUAUAUGGCACUUUGGACUCUCCUUCUUCAUCUUCGUCCUCUUCCUCUACCAACUCCUCCUCCAUCUCUUCCUCUUCCUCCUCCCGGCAACAUCUCGAUCACGGCCAACAGCUGAAGCCUCCCGAACAGAAAUGGAAACCUUUCGAAAUGGGCAACUUUGCCACCACCCAGAUGGCUGUCCUAGCCGCCCAGCACAACCACGCCAACCGGGUGGAGGAGGAGGCCAAGAAGGUGUAUCUCGACCCCAGCAGCUUGCAGCGGUCCUCGGCGGUGGUGUCGCGGAGUGCCCCCGAGGGACUCCACCCGGCCUCUCACAGCGAAGGAUCGGCCAUGCAAAGCCUCAUCAAGUACAGCGGUAGCUUCGCCAAGGAGGCUUCCACCCGCCAGGGUAGCGGCAAGAGGAGCCCCUUCGGGGGUCUUGGCAACAUGAAGCUCGACCCCAACCAGCAGGGCUCAGCGAAGACCCCCCAGCUGCUUCCCCACCAGGCCAGCAAACAGCUGAAGAAGGAGCCGGAGCGCCCCGAGAGUGCCAAAUCGUUCGGGCGUGAGAGCAUUGGGUCUCAGGGAGAGGUGGAGGUUAGGCACCUGCCCGUGGGCAUCGCCGUGGCCGUGGCCCGGCAAAAGGACAACAAUGGUGGCACCAAGAUGGGACAAGGCCUGGUGGACCGGGACCGUUCUCUUUCCCUGAGCAACGUCAAAGGUCAUGGGCGUUCAGAAGAAGACUGUGGGGACGAUCGGGCGCGCCAUCGAGACAGCCACCUCCUGGCAAGUCGUCUGGAACGAGACCAAGAGAAGCUCCUCAGAGAAAGCAAAGAACUGGCGGACUUUGCUCGGAUCCAUCCGGCUGGCUGCGCUACCAAUGGCUUGAACGCCAACCUCAUGGUGACGGGAGGGCCACCCUUGGCCGGCUCAGGGCGGUGGUCUGCUGACCCAGCAGCCCACCUGGCAACUCACCCUUGGUUACCCAGGACUGGCAGCUCUUCGGUGUGGCUAGCAGGUCAUCCCUACGGACUGGGACACCCUUCCUUGCACCAAGGCAUGGCUCCCGGCUUCCCCGCGACCCUGGGGGGAGCCCUGUCUUCCGCCUACCAGUUUGCCAGGGACCCUCAGUCUGGCCAGCUUGUCGUAAUCCCCAGUGAGCACCUGCCACACUUUGCGGAGCUGAUGGAUCGCGCUCCCCCUCUCUGGCCUGCUGUGUACCCCCCUACAAGGAACUCUCUCCAGCAUGCUCACCAGCUCCAGCUCUUGUCUCACCAGCAACUGAUCCGCCAGCAUGAGCUCUACAUCCUCCAGCAGCAGGCGGCCCAUGCCAUGGAGCUACACAGGAGCGCACAGCUGGUGACCCAACCGCUACUUGCUUGUAUCGCGAUCUCCCAAUACCGCUCCCCCCAUGCCCCACCCUUGCUUCUCCGCUCUCCGCCCCCGGCCCCCACCAUGCCCCCAAAAGAAGAAGAAGAAGAAGAAGAAGGGCCCGAGAGCGUGGAAAAGAAAGAACUGGACCUGGAGAAGGAGGCCUCCAGUCAGUAUCAGGCUCUGUUCCCAGAAAUUCCAUCGGGAUACCCAUUCCAGUCCCUCCCAGCAUCCUUCAGGAGACAUUACCCAUACCUCCUUCAACCAACUGCUGCCUCAGAUGCCGAAGGCCUGGCUCCGGAUGUCCCGCUGCCCACAGGAGACCCUGAGCACUUGGCCCUCUCUCCCGAGGUCAAACCCAUCCAUCUCUCCCCGUCCAAAAUCGUUAAGCCCAUCCAGACGGUGGAGGAAGAGGAGCCUUUGGAAGAGCGGGUGAAAACAGAGGUGGAGCUGGAUGAGAACCAGGAAGAGGGUCUCUGUGAGUCAGAGAUGGAGGCCCUGAGCAUGGCCAACUCGGUUGCCCUUCCGGUCCAGGAAGUGAGCAAUUGCACCCUUCUGUUGCAUCACGCCAAAGCCCUGCAGUGCGAGGAAGAGCAUGACGAGGAGGAAGAGGAAGAAGAAGAAGCAGCUCUCCAGGAGUGCCAGCCUGCUUAUCAAGUAAUGGAAUUGGAGUCCCAAGUGGAAGCGACCCCUGACGUUGAAUCUUGCCCAGUCCACAUGGACUACAACGGAGCCUUGUUACACGGGGAGAAUGAACUACCUGAAGUGGACCUCAUCCCUCAGCCUGAAGGCCCUUGCGCGGUCACAGACAUGCCUCACAUUAGCUCUCCCCGGACAAGGAGGGAAUUCUCCAGCACGUUUCAGGAAGAGGUGGAGCCAAUGUUGAGGGAGCCCUGCUACGGGGAUGAGGAUGCCUCCUGCCAAGUCCCACACCUGGACAUCAAACCGGACGACCCUCUAGCUGGUAUGAAUGUUUUGGCUGCGGCAGCUGAGUUGCCCCAGGCCUGCUCCUUACUGCCGAGCGAUGGCAUCACACAGGAGGCCGUGGUCAACCUGGAAGUGUCCUCCUCUCUAUCGCCAGAGCACACCUUCCUGCAGGGGAUCACCUUGCUGAGCGAAAUCGCGGAGAUCGAGCUGGAGAAGAGGAGGCAGGAGAUGCAAGGGAUGGAGAACUUCCCCAUUCGCCCAACCCUGGAGAGUCUGUUAGCUGCCAGCACCCAAAUGCUGAUGGAAGUCCUCUCCACGCCCUUUGUGGACGGCCUGAAGAACAUCCGUCUUCCUCGAGAACUGGAUCCCAACAAAAAGUACAGCUGGAUGCAAAAGAAAGAUGAAGCUCUGUACUCCAUCAAGUCAUCUGUUGAGAACAUGGAUGCAAUGGAGUUGGACUACAGGAUGAGGUUGGCUGAGCUGCAGAGGAGGUACAAGGAAAAACAGAGGGAACUGGUCAAGCUGCAGCGACGGAGAGACUCUGAGGAAAAGCAUGACGAGAAAAGUAGAAGCUUGGCAAGACGAGGCCCAGGAAGGCCCAGGAAGAGGAAGCAUGGACCCAGUGCUCUCUCGCCCCCGACGGAGAGAGGGAAGAGCGGCUGCAGGAGCGGAAAACUCAGCAAGUCCUUACUCCUCUCGGAAGACUCCGAGACUGGUGAAGGCAGCAGGAAGAGGCACAGAGGCAUCCUCCUUGACGAGGAGGAGGAGAUGGAGAGCAGGACCGGGAGGAUGAAGGGCAGAAAUCGCAGCUGGGAUGAGCAAGAUGUGCUUGCCAACUUCUCCAAUGAGUUAAAGAUGAAGAAGAAGAAGCUGGCCUCCGACCAGGAGCAACUGGUGAGCAAGCUGGACAAAGCGCUGUCUCUUACCAGGCACAGCAAAUUGAAAUCGCCUUUUAAGUUUGCAGACCGCUCUGGGGGAAGGCAGAGAAACGGAGGGUGCUUCAGCAGCCGGUACCUGUCGCCCCACGAGGCCUUCCUCGGCAAAGAGGACAAGAAGCACCUGGGCAAAGCUAUGAGCUUCUCUCUGAAAGCUUCCAGAGAAGGUAAAAACAAAAUGUCUGCCCAAAUGAAGAAGAUGGAGGUGGGGCUCAGAGUCAAGGGCCACCUGAAGGUCUCCAGUUCACCAGCAAUGUCUGAAGUUAGCAGCUACUCCUACAAUACAGACUCUGAGGACGAGGAGGAGGAAUCCCUGCAGGACGAGUGGUCUUCUCCUUCCCCGGCCAGCUCCCGAGUGAGACCCCCGAGCCUCUACCGCGUAGUGGCCCCAAAGCGCAGCCGGAUCGCGGGGGGGCUGAAAGCGACCCCCAAGGGCCUCUCCCCCGCCAGAACUCUCAAAUCUAACCUGGCGGCUGCUGCUGGUGCCCGGAAGCCGCCCUUCUGCUUGCUGCCCAGAGAGGCCGAAGCCGGCUAUUCAUUCAGUGAUUCCUCGGAGGACUCGUUUGAUCAAGAUUCUAGCUCCGAAGAUGAUGAAGAUGAAGAAGAAGAGGACGACGACGAGGAAGAGGAAGAGGAGGAAGAGGCAGGCUAUGGGAUGGGCAGCAGCGACAGGCUUUCGCCACCCGCUUUGGACGAGAGCGGCUUGGGCCUGCUGGCGAGAUUUGCAGCCAGCGCUAUGCCGAGUCCCAUCAUCCCACCUUCCCUUUCCGUUAUCCAGCUCGAAGCCAAGCAGAAAGCCAAGAAAAAGGAGGAGAGGCAGAGCUUGAUGGGAACCGAGUUUGAAUACACUGACUCAGAGAGUGAGGUGAAGAUCAGGAAGAAAUCUCCCUCUGGGUUGCUACGUGGAAAGAAGGGCCUGCUGGACCCAAGCAGUGCCGCGGCGAUCCAGUCCAUAAGCGCCAUGGAUCCCACUCCAGGCGGGAGCGCGGACAAGGCCAAGAUGGCCCCCGAAAAGAACCGGAAGCUGAAGAAGUUCAAGUCCCCCAAGGACCUGCCCUUUGAGUUUGGCCUGGAAGUGAGCGACGACGAUCUCUGGACCCGGCGGAGGAGCGAGCGGAUCUUCCUUCACGAUGCCACCAUGUCCUCGCCCGCCUUGUCCCCCGCGACGGCAAACGGCUCCACCUCCAUUUCCAAAGCGGGGCGCUGCGUGAAGGGCGCCUCCCUGAGCCCCAAGAAAGAGGGGAGCAAAGGGAAGGAGCGGAAAGAGCUCAGCAAGAAGAAGAAGAACAAAGAAGGUCCGUUCUGCUCGUCUUUGUCGUCGUCCUCCUCCUCGUCUUCCUCCUCCCUCUCCCCUCCGGGCAUUGCCAGCUCUCCACCAGACAUCCGCACCAGCUUGGCAAACUCCCUGAGCUCCAGCAAGAAGAGCAAAGGCAAGGGCAAAACUAAAGAGGUGAAGAAAGAGAACCGAGGGAAAGGAGGUGCCGUCAGCAAGCUCAUGCAGAGCAUGGCCGCCGAGGAGGAUUUUGAGCCAAACCAAGAUAGCAGCUUCUCCGAGGACGAAAACAUGCCAUUGAAUGUGCUUCUGGAGCGGCCGCUGACUCCAGCCCCUCGUUCUUGCAUCAUCGACAAAGACGAGUUGAAGGAUGGCCUGAGAGUCCUGAUCCCCAUGGACGACAAGCUGCUCUACGCUGGCCACGUGAAGACCGUCCACUCUCCCGACAUAUACCGAGUGGUGGUGGAAGGAGAGCGAGGGAAUCGGCCCCAUAUUUAUUGCUUGGAACAGCUGCUGCAAGAGGCGAUCAUUGACGUGAAACCCCCUUCGGUACGAUUCCUGCCUGAAGGCACAAGGAUCGCUGCCUACUGGAGUCAACAGUACCGCUGCCUCUAUCCGGGAACGGUUGUCCGAGGGGCUCAUGAUCAGGAGGAGGAUGGAGACUUGAUCACCGUAGAGUUUGACGAUGGCGACACUGGACGGAUCCCCUUAUCUCACAUCCGGUUACUUCCAACGGAUUACAAAAUCCAGUGUGCCGAGCCUUCUCCGGCCCUCUUGGUACCCAGCAUGAAACGCCGCAGCCGCAAAUCCAGUAAGGAUACUGGAGAAGGAAAAGAAGGAACUGGGAUGGAAUCGGAGGAGAUCGCUUCAAAAGGCAAAGGACGUGGGAGAAAAACAAGCAGCAAGGAGAAAGCUGAAGAAAGUGUCCUAACAGAACCAACAAACCAGGAGGAAAUACCCACAAGCCCUUCCCAUCUGCCCGAAAAGACUGUUUGCAAGCAGACUGUGAAAAGCUCAAAGAAAACGCCGCCGGUCCCUGCCAGAUCCUCCCCAGACCCCACAGAAGAAAAACACCAAAGUAAAGGCAGUAAGAUGAAGAUUUCAGCCAAAAUCCACAGUCCAUCGCAGUCCUCUUUCCAGUCGCCAGUGUUCAGCAGCGUUCGUAGCAAUGAGCAAUACGCUGAGCUCUCAGGCAUCUUGGGAGCCUUCGGUUCUUCUGAUGCCUCCUCCCACAAAGUCAAGUCAAAGAAAGGGAAGUCCUCCGAGGACUCCCAGGAGUUUGGGUCAACGGCCAAAGCCCAGAGGAAGAUCCCGGACAGUGAGGUCCUGAUCAAGCUAGACCACGAGGGGGUCAUGUCUCCCAAGAGCAAGAAGACGAAAGAGGCCAUGCGGAUGCUGGGAAGCUCAAACCUGGCCGGCAGGAGGGAGGCCAAGAACAUCCUGGGAAUGAGCUACAAUUCCAUCGCAAGUGCCGACGCCAAGCAGAAAUCUUCGAGGAACAAAGCAUCCGGCGGAGAAGCUUCUGCCUCUAAGUUUUCCAGCAAGUUUGGAGGUGGCUCUGGAGAGACUCCUUCGUCUUCCAAAGAUCAUGAGGACAAAGACCAAGCAGAGCCGGCAGGAGACGAGUCCGAAAGCAACAGUAGCGGCAGCAGUUCGGAGUCAGAAGGGGAAGAAGAUGAAGCAGAGAAGAACGGCGGCGCCGCCCAAGAUGGCAGCUCCGCCAGCUCGCGGGCCUCCACGCCCAUGUCUUCCACAAACUCCUCCACUUCCUCCUCCUCCAGCAGUAGCAGCUCCUCUUCCUCCUCCUCUUCUUCCUCCUCCUCCACUUCCUCUUCCUCCUCCAGCUCCAGCUCUUCCUCCUCCUCCUCCUCUUCCUCCACCACGGAUGAAGACUCCUCCUGCAGCUCGGACGAGGAGACCUCUGAAUCCCAGCCCGGUGUUUCUUCUGCCCAGCAGGCCUUGCCUUCCAAGCCAGCCAAGCAGGCCGGGAAAUCUCGCUCAGCUUCCCACCCUCCGGACUCUAAGCAGCAGCAGCAGCCGCCACAACCAUCGCCACCACAAGCACAACAGCAGCAGCAGCAGCAGGCGGCACAGAAGCAGCCGAGCGGGAACAAGAACCGGCCCAAGAAGCGCGAGGGGAUCCACUUGCCCACCACCAAGGAGCUUGCCAAGCGCCAGCGGCUGCCUUCCGUGGAGAACAGGCCCAAAAUUGCUGCCUUCCUACCUGCACGACAGCUUUGGAAGUGGUUUGGGAAGCCUACCCAGAGGCGUGGGAUGAAGGGAAAAGCCCGGAAGCUCUUCUACAAAGCCAUCGUCCGCGGAAAGGAGAUCAUCCGCAUCGGAGAUUGUGCCGUCUUCCUAUCGGCCGGCCGGCCCAACCUGCCCUACAUUGGCCGGAUCCAGAGCAUGUGGGAGUCCUGGGGGAACAACAUGGUCGUCCGAGUGAAAUGGUUUUACCACCCAGAAGAGACCAAUCCUGGGAAGAAACUCAAUGAAGGCAAGCGCUGGGAUCAGAAGUCCGGGAGGAGCCUCUCCACGGCACUUCAGGGUUCCAAACAGAGGAAAGACUUCAUGGAGCGUGCGCUGUACCAGUCUUCCCACGUUGACGAGAACGACGUCCAGACAAUCUCGCACAAAUGUCUGGUGGUCGACUUGGAGCAAUACGAGCAGAUGCUGAAAACCAAGAAAUACCAGGACAGCGAAGACCUUUACUACCUAGCGGGGACAUACGAGCCCACCACGGGCAUGAUAUUCAACACAGAUGGGGUCCCCGUCAUCUGUUAACUACUUUGGGGGAAUCCCACCCUCCCAAAGCAUUCGGAGUAACGCCCCUCGCCUCUCCGUAGAGGAAGGAAGAGACGACGACAAAGAAGAAUGGGAUGUAAUGAAAUGUAUGUGCCUGUUUUAACGACAGCAUGAUUGUUUUAACACUCGGUCACAUCGUUCCAGAAAUACAAAGCGAAACCCCGGAGGGGUCUUUCAGAAACAGAACGAUCGAACUCGUGCAAAAGAAGGGAAUAAGGUUGUUUUUUUAAUCUUUUCACAAAACGACACAAGGCAGGAAGUUUGCAAUCUGUCCGUACACGAACUGGUACGACUUUGGGGUGCUGUGCCACAUCGAUUGCCGGGAUAAAGCUGAGCACACCUUCCUUCCCGUGGUUCAGGCGUGCAUAGGAUAUUUCAGGAAACUCAACGUCUUCUCAAACCUUCAGGGUCAUCCACACAGCCUUCCUCACCAAAAACUAAGAUGAACUAUGUUGCAGGGUCAACGAGACGCUCAUGGAGCCUCCGCUCAGGUGUUUGCUCCACCUGAAAGUCUGCCUGCAAACGGAGACCUGAAGGAAGGAGCCACGGUUGAGAAUUAUAGUAUUUCUUGGACAUAAAUUUGCAGCCUGGAGAUGCUGAGAGAGAGACCAGCCACGCAACGGUGUCCUAUCUAGAUCCAUUUUCCUGCUCCUUCCAAACAUUUGGUACUUUUUAUUCCAAGCCGGGGUGGCUGAACGAGAAGCGUUUCUUCCUCCCAUUAAGAUGAAUGUAAAGUGAACGGCUCCUGCUUGGAAAUCCCGGAUCUUGCUUCCAUCACAACCAAGAUUUUGGGGAAAGGCGUGUGUUUGGGACGUUGGCUGUUUGGCUCUUUGCUGCUUCAGGAACUCAAAACACUUACCCUUCCAUAUAUAUAAAUAUAUAUAUCACAAGCACCAGGGGCUUCCUGCUGGCGCAGUGGGUUUUUACACCUCUGAGCUGCUGAACUUGCUGACCAAAAGGUCAGUGGUUCGAAUCCGGGGAGCAGGGUGAGCUCUCGCUGUUAGCCCCAGCUCCUGCCAACCUAGCAGUUCGAAAACAUGCAAAUGUGAGUAGAUCAAUAGGUACCGCUUCUGCGGGAAGGUAGCCGGGGUGAGUUCCCACUGUUAGCCCCAGCUCCUGCCAACCUAGCAGUUUGAAAACAUGCAAAUGUGAGUAGAUCAAUAGGUACCGCUUCUGCGGGAAGGUAGCGAGGGCGAGCUCCCACUGUUAGUUAGCCCCAUCUCCUGCCAGCCUAGCAGUUUGAAAACAUGCAGAUGUGAGUUUGGCUUUUGUGGGAAAGUAGCAGGGGCAAGCUCCCACCGUUAGCCCCAGCUCCUGCCAACCUAGCAGUUUGAAAACAUGCAAAUGUGAGUAGAUCAAUAGGUACCGCUUCUGUGGGAAGGUAGCCGGGGUGAGUUCUGACUGUUAGCCCCAGCUCCUGCCAGCCUAGCAGUUCAAAAACAUGCAAAUGUGAGUAGAUCAAUAGGUACCGCAUCUGCGGGAAGGUAGCGGGGCGAGCUUCCACCGUUAGCCCCAUCUCCUGCCAGCCUAGCAGUUUGAAAACAUGCAGAUGUGAGUUUGGCUUUUGUGGGAAGGUAGCGGGGGCGAGCUUCCACCGUUAGCCCCAUCUCCUGCCAGCCUAGCAGUUUGAAAACAUGCAGAUGUGAGUUUGGCUUUUGCGGGAAGGUAGCGAGGGCGAGCUCCCACUGUUAGCCCCAGCUCCUGCCAACCUAGCAGUUUGAAAACAUGCAAAUGUGAGUUUGGCUUCUGCAGGAAGGUAGCGAGGGUGAGCUCCCACCGUUAGCCCCAUCUCCUCCCAACCUAGCAGUUUGAAAACAUGCAAAUGUGAGUAGAUCCAUAGGUACCACGGUAAACGGCGCUCCAUGCAGUCAUGCUGGCCACAUGACCUUGGAGGUGUCUACAGAGAACGCCGGCCCUUCAGCUGAGAUAUGGAGAUGAGCACCAGCCCCCAGAGUCUGACACAACUAGACUUAAUGUCAAGGGGAAACCUUGACCUAUGUCAUGCACCUGGACCUUCUGAAGACUCCUCGGUGUUUCAGACAGGACAGAAUACUCAAAACCAUUUCCCCCUUCUUCCUCCCCCACUGGGCCCCCUUCGUAAAGACUUAAGGAGAAGAUGGCACUUGCAGAAACGUGGGGCGUUUACCCGUGGGGGGGGGUGUAAGCGUUGGCCGUGGCACCUCCCGCUAAAGUUUGCCAGCCCACCCACGCCCAUCCCUCCAUCUGUCCAUCCGUUGAGCCACGAGAGAUACAGGGACGCAAUCAGUCACGGGCAAAGCCGCACGGGCGAAAAGUUCGGUGAUGGGGCGAGGUGAGAACGGACAAUAAUAAUUCUGUAUUUUGCACUUAAAGAAUCAAAACAAACGAACUCGUACACUACACACGCACCGCURAGACGCCGUGAUUGUUUCUGCCCGAGUCGGACUGUACCAUUCCAGCACUACAAGUGGGGAGAUCYGUGGACAGAUAUUUGUGUUUUUUAAAAAUUCUGYGGCRAAGUAUCCGGUCCCGGGGAAAAGGCGUCUUCCUGUGUUUUCCACCCUUUUUUCCGAAAUCACGACCGAUUUUUAACCGAACCACACUGGUGCUGCUUUGUAUCGCCUGCCUUUUUCCCCCCCCCCCCCCGAACCCCGGACUGCCACUUCCAGAAAAGAGACCUUUCGACAGAUCGACGUGUCUUUUAAACUCACUCCACCCACCCAUUCGACAACUCUGUACAGUUUGAAUCUACCAAAAGACUCAUAUGUAGUGUUCUCCUUCCUUUUUUCCCUUCCGGAUAGUAAGACGGAAGCAAAACAACAAGAGAGAGGAAGCGGAAAAGGAAGGGGAAGCGGGGAGGGAAAGCAAAAACGGAAUCCAACUUUUUAAUUAAUAACUAUAAAGUAUAAAUAUAUAAAUAUAUAUAAAUAUAUAAACAUUUUUUUAAAAAAAACUGUGAAAAAAAAAUUUACGAAAUUAUGACAAAAAAAAAAGCGAAAACACGGUCUGACAUUUUAGACGCCUCUAUUUUUUAAUUUCCUGUUGGAUUGUGUGACCGCAGGGGAAGAAGAAGAAGAAGAAGAAAAAUCCGUACGGAAACUGUGUCUCUCUGUGCUUGUGUCGAAGCAACUUUUGUGUGAGCAAGUGUGUUAUUAUACAAAUAAUAAUAAUAAUAAUAAUAAAGAAGUGACACAGAGAGCGAGGAUUGAAGCGAAUGUUAAAUAGAAAGCACUUAACUGCCCAUUGCCUUCUAUGGAACACAAGGAUUUUUUGUAGACAAUCGAGAGGAAAGGAGCCAGGUUUUUGUCCCUUUUCCCCCCACGCUGUUUAUUAUUUUUGUUUUGUUUUGUUAUGUUUUCGGUUCCUCCCCCCACACCCCACACCCCUUUUUGCAUUCUGUUCGUUGCCGAAUUAUGUGUGAUUCCUUUUCAUAAAAAAAAAAUCUAUGAUUGAAAAACUAAACAA